GCAUUUACUGCAUGCUUCUCAUUGUGCCAGCGUCUCGCAGAGUUGACCGUUAGCUGCAAACCUGCAAUUGCUAAGUCUUUGCCAGCAAGGUGACUCUGUCUUGAAAGGGGAAAGGUAACACGAUGCGCAGCGGUGGCAGCCGAAUGGUGGUCAAUCUCAUGACCGUGUCCGUCACCGAGGUAUUCAUCGGGUUCGCGGUCUUCUCUGUGCUAUUCCUGCUGGUCCGCGCUUAUAGAAGAAGUAAAAUUCCGAAGGGUCUGAAGCAACUCCCAGGUCCGCUGAGUCUGCCGGUCAUUGGGCACACGCUGUCGUUAGGGAAUAACCCUCACCUGACUCUCACCUCCAUGAGCGAGAAAUAUGGAGACAUUUUCCAGAUUCGGAUCGGUACCCGGCCGGUGCUGGUCCUCAGCGGGUUGAACACUUUGAAGCAAGCACUGAUCAAGCAAGGGGACGACUUUUCUGGCCGGCCAGACCUCUACAGCUUCAGAUUUAUUAGCGGGGGCGAAAGCUUGACUUUCAGCAGCGAUUACACCGAAGUUUGGAGACUGCGUCGAAAACUGGCGCAAAAUGCGCUGCGCAGCUUUUCAGCUGAAGAGUGUAAAAAUUCCACCCACUCCUGCCUAUUGGAGGAGCAUGUUUGCAGCGAGGCGCAGUACCUGGUCAAGAUCUUUACCGAACAGAUGAAGACAAGAGGCAGCUUCGACCCAGCGAGAUACAUCGUGGUGUCGGUAGCCAAUGUAAUUUGCGCUCUGUGCUUUGGCAAGCGGUACAGCCACAACGAUCAAGAGCUCCUUAAUAUCGUCCACGUGGGCGAAGAGUUCACGAAAACUGCAGCCUCAGGCAACCCCGCCGAUUUCAUCCCAAUCCUGAGACUCCUCCCGAACUAUUCCAUGGACAAGUUUAUCGCCUUAAACAAGAGAUUCAUGAUUUUCGUUGGGAACAUUGUAAAGGAGCAUUACCGCAGUUUUGACAAGGACAACAUUCGGGAUAUAACCGAUUCUCUGAUUGGUCAUUGCCAGGACAAAAAAAUGGACGAAAAUGCUAAUAUUCAAAUAUCCGAUGAAAAAAUCGUUAGCAUUGUGAAUGACUUAUUUGGAGCUGGUUUCGAAACCAUUACUAUUGCUCUUACUUGGUCUGUUAUGUACCUGAUCUCUUACCCCGACAUUCAGAAGAAAUUGCACAAGGAAAUAGAUGAGAACAUUGGGAAAGACAGAAGCCCAAGGAUAGCAGACAAGCCUUUAUUGCCCUACACUGAAGCUUUCAUCAUGGAGACCUUCCGACACUCAUCCUUCCUACCAUUUACCAUUCCACACUGCACAACGAAAGAUACAUCAUUAAAUGGAUAUUUCGUCUCAAAAAACACGUGUGUUUUUGUGAACCAGUGGCAAGUGAAUCAUGAUUUGACACUUUGGAAGGACCCAUUUGCGUUCCACCCAGAGCGGUUUCUAAAUCCUGAUGGAAAAAGUAUCAAUAAAGUGGAAUGUGAAAAGGUUCUAGUGUUUGGCUUGGGCAAAAGGAGAUGCAUUGGAGAGCCUAUUGGCCGCACAGAGGUCUUCUUGUUUCUCACCACUCUUAUCCAACAGUUGAGAUUUGAGAAAAAGCCUGGGCAGGACUUUGAUAUGACGCCACAAUAUGGACUGACAAUGAAACCUAAGGGAUGUGAAGUACAAGCUGUGCAACGUUCCUCUAACAAGGCAGCGGCUUAAUUCUGUACGAAUUAAGAAAAGGAGGACAGGAUUCAAUUUUUGUAUAUUACAGAUAUAUACCUACGGUAUGAGGGAAUAGUUAAACCUUAAAUUGUAUGUUUUCUCAUGUUUAUUGAAAUAUCCUGCUGUUGUGCCACUUUGCCUUGUAUUUAAAAUAUCAAUGAAGAAGUAGCCUACUGUAUAAGCAGAAAUGAAAAAAAUACGAAAAUGUAGUUUGUGAAGCUGUAUUCAAAAUCAACACAUUUAAGAAAGUACUUGUAUUUUUUAAUAUGAAAUAUUUUGCUACAGAAAUCAUGUAUUAAGGAAAACAUAUAUGAAACUGCUUCUUUAUACUGUAUUAAAGGGAUUUGAUGUUUAUACAUUUAAUCUCUGAUCAAUUUGAAUAAUUUGCUACAGACAUAAAUGACUGUGUUUAUAUAAUAUGUUGUCUUCCUGAAUAUAAUGAAUGUUUUACAGCCAGCUGAUUCUUAUUGAAGUUUAUCUGUUGACGUCUUGUUGGAUAAAUGUGAAAGACUGCUGAUAAGAGGGGUCAGAUAAAAAGGGUCUUUUACUAA